UACAUGAUUAUAUCCGAAACAAGAAAAUAUAUAAAUGUAAUGAAAUAUCUAAACGAGUUUUGAAGACAAUAUUGAUCACAAAUAUAGAAUUUAAAUCCAAAGUACUUGAAAAUAGCUACUAGCACAUGAAAGACAAGUAUAUUGUAAGAAUUUCACUUACUCUGUAUUGAUUAUUACAGGGUGAGUUGAAUCUGUAAAAUCUAACUGCAUAAGACUGCAUUUGUUUCUGGUUGAUCGAGUAAUCGCUCGGGUUUUGGGUAGAAAACUUAACCGAACUGAUAGUGAUAGUCAGUAGUCACAGUUCUCGUUGAGAAAAACCAUUGGUUUAAUACACUUACAUGUAACGGAUCCGAACCGGUUAGUUUUGAGUCGGUUUUAGUCCGGGUAUUUGGUUCUAGUAUUUAUGCCGAGACUGUAAUUAUUUGUUACCACACAAAAAAAUUACCAAUGUUUCUUUUUGCAAUUGACUUGGAGGAAUUUGAUCCAAUGAUCUUUGACAUUUGUUUGAGGAUAAAUCCACAUUUCCACCAACCCUUAGCAUCACAAAGUUAUAGAAUGGAUCAUCAGAGGGUCCACAUGUGAUGCAAGAAAACCGCGUCUACUAUAGCAAAAUCCAAAUUCAUCCAUUCUCUGUUUCUCUCUGCUCCUCUCUACUAGUCCCAUUUCUUCACUACACUUCUUUUUAAUUUUAAAACAAAAUCCAGAUUCUGCCUCCUUCCUUUAGAUACACCUUAUUUAAUCACAAUAAUACUAUUUUAGUGAAUCUACAGUUUUCCAUUGAGAUAUAUAACACUUGUUAAACCCACAAACAACCUGUGUAGUUUCCUGGAAGCUACACUUUUAAACAUUUGAGAUAUAUUACUAAACGUGUACAUGCUUUAUCUGCUGUUUAAGAUACUAAUCCACACUUAUAAAUAACUGCUAGCAAUUGUUAACAUUCCAACAUCAGAAUCCAAUCAGUCCAAAAUAAAAAAACAGCAAACAUUUUGAGAAAAGAAAACUUACUUCUCUGUGUGGUUUGUUCAUGUCUGGUCAUAGUAAUUCCACUAACAAUACACGAAGUGAUGGACAAGCUGGUAUACCCUCUGCCUACAGAGGAGUCCGGAAGAGAAAAUGGGGCAAAUGGGUGUCAGAAAUUCGUGAACCAGGGACCAAGAACCGUAUCUGGCUAGGAAGUUUCGAGACUCCUGAAAUGGCUGCAACCGCCUAUGACGUGGCAGCAUUCCAUUUCAGGGGACGAGAGGCUCGUCUCAACUUCCCUGAACUCGCCAGCAGCUUGCCACGCCCUGUAGACUCUAGCUCAGACAGUGUUCGCAUGGCAGCUCAUGAGGCAGCACUCUGCCUCAGAACCGAACCAGUGGAGUCAGCCAUGCAAGUGGACACCUCAAGCUCCUCCAAUGCAGGUCCAACGAUGGUCAGACUCUCCCCCAGAGAAAUUCAAGCGAUCAACGAGUCAACUAUGGGAUCUCCUACCAUGAUGAUGCAUUCAACAUAUGAUUCAAUGGGGUUUGGCUAUGAUAUGGGGAUGAAUGUUUGGGAUACAUACCUGACCGACUCUCUUUGGGACCCUUAAUCCCCGAACUCAUGGGGAGUUUCUACAUUUUAACAAUAAUUGGUUGCUUCCAGCUUAAGUCAAUGGCCUAGAAUGUUUAAUUAUUAGGGUUUAGUUUCCAGAGUCUAGCACAAGGGUUGUUGAUUCUGACGUUAUGGCAAGGAAUAAAGCUCAUCUGAGUUUUGGAGGGAAGGGCACGAUUGUAUUCUUCUAAAGGAACAAGAGAGCUUGAUGGGUCCCAAAUAUGGACCUCUUCACCAAUAUUUUUAAGCAUUAUUUGCCACUAGUAGACACAAAGCUUCUAUUUCAUAAGCUAUGUUAGAGAUUGUGAGGUGUGACUUAUUUUUUAUUUAUUUUCCCAAUUGUUUGUUACCCCAUAUGCUUAUGUAAUUCGAUAUGAAACAUUGAUUUGAUUUGGUAUUAUGUUUUAUGGAUUUCUGAAAACUAUAAGAUAUUUAUUAUUCUAACAAGACUUUUUCUAUCAACUUUUUUCCUUACCGAACUACGACUGAUCUUAAGAAUUUUUGUUUACAUUUCAUACUUGGAAUCUAUAUGGCACUCAGUGGCGAGAGAAGGCGCACCGUUCGCCAUGGUGCAAAAAAAGCGACCACCAUGCAAAUGGACGACUAUUUUUUCACAUCGCAGAAUAGAGGACUUGAAAACAAUUUAUUUGUAUAUAAAAUAAUUUAGAAGAGCUAUUGAGAAAUUUAGUAUGUAAAACAUCUUCAAACAUGUUAUAUGUAUUCAUACGAGUUAUUGGAAAAAAUUCUAGAUUCAUUAUUAUUUGAUGAAUUUAAAAAUCGUAAUAGAAGAACUUAAAAAUUAAAGCUCAAAUCCAAUUAUUUUAAAACCAAAAAAACUGAAACCAAAGUGCUGCGUUGAGAGUAUAACCUUCUAUUGGCUCUAAUUGUUGAUGUGUAGUAUUAGCUUUGAGUUAUCAAAAAAAUUAUAGUUCAAUGUAAUUUGCAGUAAAAAUUAUGUGAUAAAAACUUUAGAUUUAUGUAAUGAGUUUGCCGUAUAAAUUUGAGUUAAUAUAUUUUGAAAAUAAUUAAUUGGUAACAUUUUUGAUGUAUAAGUUGCAGUAUGUAUAAUUUUUUUUUUAAAUCUAAAUAUCAGAAAUAAUAACAU